UUUCUUUUUGCUAUUUCAUGUUUACGAGUCCGGUUAGAUUUAUUCCGAAGUUGAAUUAAAAAAUUAAAUGGAUUGCGUCGAGGUUUUGGAGAAAAAUUUUGAUGAGGUAGAGGAGGAAGAGAGCGUGGACGGACAGAAUGUUGACAACUACAUCAAACAUCCACUGCACAAUGUCUGGGCUCUCUGGUACUUCAAAAAUGACAAGAGAAAUGAUUGGUCUGCCAACCAGAAGGUCAUUGCUACCUUCUCUACUGUAGAGGAUUUUUGGGCAGUGUACAACUACAUACAGUCAGCCAGCAAAAUAGCUCCUGGCUGUGAUUACUCACUUUUCAAGGAGGGUAUCCAGCCAAUGUGGGAGGAUGAGAACAACAGGGAUGGGGGUAGGUGGCUUAUUAAUCUGGACAAGCGCAAGAGAGCUACUGAACUUGACAAAUUCUGGCUGGAAACACUGCUCUGCUUGAUUGGAGAAGCCUUUGAUGAAUUGAGCGAUGAGAUAUGUGGUGCAGUCGUCAACAUUCGGCCUAAGGGUGACAAGUUGGGCUUGUGGACGAGAGAUGCUUCAAAGAAGGAUGCAAUAAUCAGAAUAGGAAAAAUGUUGAAAAUUCGAUUGAACAUAUCCGCUGAAGUCACUCUGGAAUAUCAGGUUCACAAGGACAACUCGUUGAAAACAGGCUCCGUAGCAAGGUGCAGUUAUACAGUCUAACGCUCGUCGCAAUUAUCAUUUUUCAAUUAUUCGUUUUUCAUUUAUUAGAUUUCAUGUUAAAUACCUUUAAACUUGCUAGGAAUUGUACAGCACUCACUGUUAAUAGCUACGUUGCAAGCUAGUUAUCAAUUAAUUUCUCAUUCAUUCAUGUUUAAAUGACGUCAUAAUUUAAAUAUAUUCAACCUUAAUUUCCGUUUGUCAUGUGUGUCAAUAAAAAUUGAAAAAAAAGAAAA